AUGACGAAGCUGUUAUUCGGAAUAACAGCGCUGUUUGUGGGUGCUGCAGUCCUGAGGCUGACCCAGUCGAACCCCUGCCGCAGUGUCCCCGCUAGCGUCCUGACGUGCGAGAAUGGCGCCAAAUCCAACGGUGACACCUGCACAGUGUGCACCCGCACCGGCGGCGACGACCCGGGCCUGUGUUGGGAUCUUGGUCAGACAGAGCACUGGCUCACCAUCCCACCCAGCUAUCUAGUUGACUGGUGGGAACAGCAGGAUUCCGUCACAUCCGCCGAAGGUGCCAUUGACUGCGACUUCAGCACCUGGUGGCAAUCCCCCUUCACUCUAUUCCCACCCAACAACAGGCACUGGAUGAUCCUCGAUCUGCAGGCGACCCACAUCAUAUACGAAAUCAGCAUCGAAAACCAUGGCUGGGAUCUGGCGGAUGUCGGUAGCUUCAUCCUGGAGGCCUCCAUGGUGGACCCGUACGUGUGGCAACACGUCGAGAACUCGGACUCGGUCCGCAUUGAUACCGUCGAAACUCAAUAUUUCGGGGGGUUCAGAGGAACGGGGCGGUAUUGGAAGAUCACUAUGUGGACAACUACUGGAUACAACAUUUGGGUCCACGAUGUUUGCUUCUACGGCCACUCAGUCUCAGCCAAGCCCUGUCCACAGCUGAACGUGGACUGUAACUUCGAUGGGAACCCGCAGACUGUAACCAGUGAGACAUCUACUGGACAGCCCUGUCACGUGUCCGUGGACAUUCAUGAGGGAGCCCGCAGUAAGGAUAACCCCCUUCAAGUUCCCCGCACUGGUGCUCUGACCCUUCAUGGUUUAGCGUCAUUCAGCUGUGGAGGCACUUAUCAGGCCUCGGCGCUGUGGACGGUACCCGUGAACGAUACGUACACGGAUGUACUGAUUGAUUUGCUGCAUGACAUUGAAGACGUACAGCCUGACCGGCUGCACCUGGAACUGCCUGCGAAAACCAUGCCGCUGGGAUUCUUCCAGUUUCAGCUUCAGGUGAUCAUGCGGGCAGCCGAGAGCUCACACGUAAGCGUCGGGGUUGCCCAGACGUACGUGGGGUUCGGGCCGAUGCCCAUCGCCCCGACGCUCGGCAACUCCGCCAGGACUGUCGCUGGAGGCGAUUUCUGGGUGAACGCCGACGAAUCGUGGGACCCUGACGGCCUCAUACCCAGCAGUGACUUCAACUACAACUGGACAUGCGAGGUUGUAUACCUGCCGGACCCAACACCUCUGUCGUGCAUCGAAGUCCUCGACAACAUCUUGAUCUACGCUGGAUCCCGUUACAAAGUCUUCACCCCCACGAAAUCAGAGUCAGAUGCGUCGGACGAGUGCAGGAAGGAAGGCGGAUACCUGGCGUCCCCAAAUGAUGAAGGAGAGUGGGCAGCAAUAUUACUUGUCAACAACUGCGUCGCCGGAGGUCAAACUAGGACAAUUGGAGUCACGGAUAAGGAUGGCGAUGGACAGUGGUCUCUUUCGGAUGGCACCGAUGUCACGUGGUCUGCCUGGGCACCUGGGUACCCAUCAGCCCCCGCGGCGGACGCCUGCGCACAAGUGACAUCCGACGGCUGGACUGACGAUAUAAGCUGCAGCUCGCAGAAUGAGUACAUCUGUGAGCUGCCCGUCAGUGAUGACUGUCGAGUGGAUGGACAGACCUACUUUGGAGAUAUAAAUUAUACUUUGGAGGGACGGGACUGCCAAACUUGGGGCACUAACUCCCCACAUGGUGAGAACUAUUCACCCCAGAACUCCGAGCCAGACGUUGGAAACAAGUGUAGAGACCCUGGAGGAGACGGCUACAACUGGUGCUACACUGUGGACGCGGGAAAGAGAUGGGAAGAAUGUCCGAUACCCCGUUGUGCACACAAGGUCGGUCUGGUGGCCUGCGGCAACAUCCUGGGGAAACAGAUGACCGACGCUGACCCGGACGGCGGGCGGUUACACUUCGAGGCCAAGUCUGAUCGCCAGGAGGGCGCCAUCGUCAAACUCAGCGUUGUGAUAGAGGCCGAAGGACGCCCUCCUGCUUUCCAGAGAUUCGUCAACAUCCAUGUCGGGGGAUCCGAUCUGAGCCUGAAAUGCAGAACAAAUUGUAAUCCGGAAAACCACGUGAUUUCCGAGGAGCUGAGUCUCUACUAUGAUGACGCGACCGCUUCAGACUGGUCACUUGUCGAAUCUCCGGACGAGUUCCCCGGCCUUGAUUUUGGUCUUGACGUGACUUGGGCUAAUUAUGACAAGGAAAUGACAGUGCGUCCUGACGUAUUUUGGGCUGCUGGAAACUACACGAUCAGACUCACAGACAAUGUCGACUCCACGAGAAUCUCGGAAUGGAGAUUCCGGGUGCCACUCAACCCCUGGCGGAGCUCCGGGGACCCGUCUACCGAGCCCUGCCGGCUCAUCCCUCCUGUCGGGAUAGCAGUGGUGGACCAGUUCUGCGUCACUUGUGAUGACUACGCGGAUGAGUACGGACCAGUCCAGAUGGAAGUGAAGUACGAGUUUAUCCCCGCGGGAGUGGACACGCCGACUGUCGCGUAUCCGGGAGACGAUCCCCCAACAGUGAUAGACUUUAUCUUGUCCUUGUACACCGGCUGGGUCGGAUACACGUCACUGGUCGACAUAGCACCAGGGACUGUCAUCAUUAUCCUGCGGGCGUUUGCCGUUGAUGGACGGUAUACAGAAGUGGAACUACCGCCUAUCGAGGUCCUUGCCUCAUCCAUUCUGAAGUCGACAUUUCAGAGCCUACGGAUGAUGUCCGGAAACAGCACCAUACUUCCUGUUAGCGCCGUGAACAGGGCUGCCGGUUCUCUGUUUUCAGCGGUGGGCAAUGUUUUCGGGGCUUCCCAGACUAUGGCUUUAUCGGAGCGAGAGGCAGGAAUCACUUACUCCGAUGUCUUAGAAGCGAGCAAGAAUGCCACGACAGUCGGGUUUGAAGCUCUUGAUGUGCUUGAUGACAUCAUGCUCAACGCCAUGAUGCCGGAGUUCACGGAUCCGGAGGAUAAGGAGAUGUUUGCAGAUUUUUACACCUCGCAGGUGCAUAUAAGGAUACAACGGCAGAAUCUAAGCGUCUUGGAAGAAAAGGUUUACCAGGUCGGGGGAGCAAGUGACUGCCUCAUCCGUGUGGCGUCCUUCCCCCCACUCAUCGGAAAUAAGUGCCCUCGAGGAAAUACCAUUGGAGUACAGUUCUACGAGUCCAAUUUCAACCCAUUCGAGUACUCCAACAACUCCAAAGAGAUUGAGACCGACAUCCCGGGACUCAGCGUGAAAUGUGCAGACCGAACACUUUCUAUUUCCAACCUGGGAGAACCCAUCGACAUCCUGACGCGCAGAGAGAACAAAAGUCUGGACGACGUCGUGUACAUCUUCAACAGUGCAGCUCCACUUGGGGAGUUAUCGACAUUUCUGUUCUUCGCCAAGAAGAACAUGUCGUCUUUGGGAAUCUUGGUAGAGUUUAACAGUACCCUCUACCCUCAACCUGUCACAAUGUACCUGAGCAAACACGUGCCGCCUACGACAGACGACUACAACUGGACAACAACGCUGCCUGUCCCAGACGGUCAACUCUUUUCAAUAAAGUGGAUAAACAACACGUUCCUAACUGCCGACCCGUACAUGUGGCAUCUACCGGAGGAUGAGAUUUCCAUCACUGACGGUGACGUUGUGAACAUGACCAAGUAUUACGUCGGAGUUCAGUUUGGCUCAGAGCUGGAUGUGGGAAGUGGAGACGUUGUCGACUUUACUCUGUCCGUAUUUGAGACGUCCUGUGUUUAUUUCGCGGAGGAACCCAUCCAUCUGUGGCAAGGCGACGGCUGCAGUGCCGGAGCGAUGUCCAAUAUGACCCACAUGCACUGUCGAUGCGACCAUCUGACCAAGUUCUCUGGCUUCGUGGCGCCAAACCCGCUCAACAUCCAGGAAGCCCUGUCCGCGAACGUCCUGGAGAACCCAGCCGGUCUCAUCCUGGUGCUGGCAGUGUUCGGGUCCUAUCUGUUCCUCCUCCUGUUUUCGAGGAAGGCUGAUAGAAAAGACCUUACCAAGGCCGGUGUUGGGAUUCUGCCUGGCCACAGACUGAACCCCCGCAGAGACUGUCAGUAUUUGAUCACAGUCUACACGGGCUUCAAGGGCAAUGCUGGGACAACUGCAGAGAUUUCCAUCGUGCUGCAUGGCUUUAACGAAAGCAGCCCGACCAUCACGUUCAGGGACCCAAAAAGGAUUCUGUUCGAACAGGGCAGCGUUGAUUCCUUCCUGGUCUCCACGGAACAACCACUAGGGGGGCUGACUCACAUGCAAGUCUGGCAUAACAACGCCGGGUACAGCCCAGCAUGGUUCCUUAACCAAGUGAUUGUCGUCAACAGAGGAACCAACGAAACAACCUACUUCUUGGCAAACAGAUGGCUUGCCAUCGAUGAAGAUGACGGUGAGAUCCACCGCAUCAUUCCCACAGCGUCACUGGAGGACAUGACGAAGUUUCGAAACGUUUUUCUUGCCAAAAGCUCCAGGGACAUGAACGAUGGUCACCUGUGGUUCUCCGUUGCCGGCCGCCCUGCCCGGAGCCCGUUCACUCGUGUUCAGCGCCUGUCCUGCUGCCUGACGCUGCUCUACAGCACCAUGGUCACCAACAUCAUGUUCUUUGGUCGCGGGGACGACUUCGACCCUCCAGAACCACUCAGGAUUGCUGGUUUGGAGAUUGAACCUCCGAUUUCUCUACCUCAGCUAAUGAUUGGCAUACAGAGCGCGGCUAUCAUCCUUCCAGUCAACCUUCUCAUCGUCUUCUUUUUUCGCAACUCGGGGAAGCGACCAAAAACAAACACCAACAGUAAGAAGGCAGAUUCCCAAUCAAGUGACGAUACCCUUGAUUCCACGAGGAAUAUGCCAAAGAGCAAAGAAGCUCUUCCAUCCCUUGUUCGAAACACACCCUCCAAUUAUUGUACAACCAACAGUCCAUCCGUUGGUUUGAGGAUCAGGAAAAACAGCGACAAUGCCAUGAGUAACAUUCAACAGGCAGCAGAGGUUCCGCACAAUAACAGCACGGCUAAAGGUAACGAAGAGAAAGCCGUGCCCGAGAAGAAGUCGACACUACCCUGGUGGGUUGUGUAUUUUGGUUGGCUUCUUGUGUGGGCUGCUAGUUUUGUGGCUGCCUUCUUCACAGUUCUCUACACGUUGAGUUUUGGCAGGGCGAAGGCAGAAGCCUGGGUUUUCACCUUCGUGACGUCAUUUUUCACCGACCUGUUCCUGGUGCAACCCUUCAAGCUGAUGCUGAUCGCGAUGCUGUUUGCCCUGUUGACGAGGGUAAGCUAA